UUUGACAAUUCCCAAGGAAAAAGAAAAAGAAAAUGAGAAUCAAUACGGCCAACCUUCUUCUUCAACACGCACGCUAAGCCCCUAACCUUCCCCUCUCUUCUUCGCAUAGCGCAAGUGAGAGCAACGCAGCUGCUCAAAGCUUGUCGUCCGUUCGCCUUCCACACUCGUCGCUCGCCACAGCCAGUAAGCCUAGUCUCUCUCUAUCUCUUUAUCUCUCUCCUUCGCGCCGAUCCGGCAGAGUGCCUUGCGAAGACUCUCACCGCACCGCCAGCAGCCGAGCGCCGCCCUCACCCGUCACCGUCCACCCCUCUAUUGACGCCGGAAGUCGCUGCAAGUCAUCGGAAUUUCUAGUUUUUGGGGUUAUUUUGGUUGACCAAAUGUCGGUAGGCAAAGCAAUUGACCACUCAACACCCUGUAGAAUGAAGAACCUAAAUAAUCUAGCAAAAGAACAAGAUAUAAGAAGGUGGCUUUGAGUUUCUGGGCCAUUCUUGCGCAUAAUACAAUGGCAAGACAUCAAAUUCACAAAAAGCUCAUCGGCAUUGAAGAAGAAGACACAGCUAAUGGAGAAUAGCGAAAUCCCUGAAAACGCCAAUGAAAAUUGCCCGGGUCCUGAGUCGGAGUCAGCAGGGAAAUCAGAUGCCUGUCAAGGAUGUCCCAACCAAUCCAUUUGUGCUACUGCACCUAAAGGCCCUGACCCAGACCUGAUUUCAAUAGCGGAACGAAUGGCAACGGUUAAGCACAAGAUUCUUGUUCUAUCAGGUAAGGGUGGGGUCGGAAAGAGCACAUUCUCUGCUCAGCUCGCAUUUGCCCUAGCUGCCAUGGACUUCCAGGUGGGUCUCCUUGAUAUUGAUAUUUGUGGCCCGAGUAUCCCGAAGAUGCUUGGUCUAGAAGGUCAAGAUGUGCAUCAGAGUAACCUUGGAUGGUCCCCUGUUUACAUAGAGUCCAACCUUGGAGUUAUGUCGAUUGGUUUCAUGCUCCCUAACCCUGACGAAGCGGUCAUUUGGAGAGGCCCUCGAAAAAAUGGGCUUAUUAAGCAGUUUCUAAAGGAUGUGUAUUGGGGAGAGCUCGAUUUUCUGGUUGUUGAUGCUCCACCAGGGACUUCAGAUGAGCACAUAUCAAUUGUACAAUGCCUUAAGGCUACUGGAAUUGACGGUGCAAUCAUUGUCACAACUCCACAACAAGUAUCUCUCAUCGAUGUGCGGAAAGAAGUGAGUUUCUGCAAAACGGUAGGAGUAAAAGUUCUUGGAGUUGUAGAGAACAUGAGCAGCUUGUGCCAACCACUAUUAGAUAUGAAGUUUUUGAAGACAACAGAGGCCGGAGAGCAGACAGAUGUGACAGAAUGGGUGGGAGAGUACAUUCGAGAAAAAGCGCCGGAGCUUCUAAACUUGAUUACUUAUAGUGAAGUGUUCGAUAGUAGUGGAGGUGGUGCUGCAAAAAUGUGUAGGGAGAUGGAUGUGCCAUUCCUAGGGAAGGUACCAUUGGAUCCACAGCUUUGCAAGGCAGCUGAAGAAGGAAGGUCCUGUUUUGGUGACCAAAAAUGUGGGGUAAGUGCCUCAGCACUGAAGAAGAUUAUAGAGAAGUUGAUACAAAAUCAAGGGUUUUCAACAAUGUCAAUAGAUGCUAAAGCCUAGGACAGACAGCACAGCUUUUGAACAAAUGUGGUUGUGCAAUUACUUAAUACAGCACAACUUUUGAACACAUCUUCCUUUUCUCUUUGGUCUUAGUUUGUAAGGUAUCAUAAUGUACUUCACUUUUAUUACUCCUUCACAAAAGGUAUAUGUUUGUUUCCUUUGGUGGAUUUAUAGUUAUCUCAUUCCUAUAGCUUAGUCAAUAUUCCUGCACAUCAAUUUGUUAAAACUCGAAAGAAGAAUGUUAGGGGAUAAUAAUUUUUUUGGGUUU